AUGGGAUGCUGCCCUUCAAAGUCAAAUAAAAACGUUGACGGAACAGAAGAAUUAGUUAAGGAUCGACCAUCCAGGGCUGCUACUAAUAUGGUUGCCGGGAAAGUGAUUGUUUACGGUGGUCGUGGUGCCCUUGGCAGUGCCGUCGUUGAACAUUUCAAAAAGAAUGACUUUUGGACUCUGAGCAUUGAUAUGAGCGCCAAUGAGGCUGCGGAUGCGAAUGUGGUGGUUGACCCUAAGGAAGACUGGGUAGGGCAAGAGGCCAGCAUUCUAAAUGGAAUUGCUACAGCCGUGGACUCAUCAGUAGACGGGAUUUUUUGUGUGGCUGGUGGUUGGGCUGGCGGCAAUGCUGAUUCAGACGACUUCAUCAAGAAUGCAGAUCUCAUGUGGAAGCAAUCUGUAUGGAGUAGCGCCAUUGCGGCGAAGAUCGCAGCAAAACACUUGAAACCCGGUGGUGUGCUGCAGUUCACAGGAGCGCUAGCGGCUACCCAUGGCACUGCUGGGAUGAUAGGCUACGGUAUGGCGAAGGCAGCCGUGCAUCAACUUACCGCUUCAUUAGCUGAAAAAGGAUCAGGAUUGCCGGAUGAUUCGUGUGUCCUAGCAAUUCUUCCAAUCACUUUGGACACACCUAUGAAUAGGAAAUGGAUGCCAAAAGCAGAUCAUUCGACAUGGACUCCAAUGCCGUGGAUAGCCGAGAAACUUCACGAAUGGACGAUAAACAAAGCGAAACGACCAGAAAGCGGUUCAUUAUUAAAACUUAAGACGACUGGAGGAGAAACGGUGAUGAGCAAGGUCUAA